CCUCCUCUCUCUCUUCCUGCCUAUCUUUCUCUCUCCUCUCUCUUCAUGGUGAAAAUCUGGUGACUCGCCUGAUGGAAAAGGUGGAUUUGAAGCUCGGGUUAAAUCAGAUUCACACAGGUGUUGUCUUUGGUUUUGGAAGAUUUUGGGUACCACCCACUCUGCAUGGUCCAUAUAGGCAAUUUGGAUCAUUGCAACAUGCCCUGGAUCUAGCUGCAGUUAGCAGUGAAACUCAGACAGGUGGAUUUGGAUUGAAGAUGGAUCUAGCAGUGCAACAUGUCCUCCUUAUACACAGUAGAGAUGUGAAAGAUGGAGGAAACUGUUACUAUGACACUUCCAAGGUAACAUAUGAGCUCAUUCAAAAGAUACUACUUACAGGACUGGAGCCUGGAGCUGUUGAUGUGUUUCUUGAUUUCAUUUACUACUCAGGUGGUCCUCUACCUGAUGAACUGCUCACCCAAGUUAAGGGAGUUCAUGUCUCAGAGGACUUUGUUGCCGAGCAAUUGAGGUCCAUGAUUUCUGAUAUGUAGGUUGAUGUGGUAAGUGACAAGCACUCAAAAGCAAGUUAUGAUUAGAUGUAGUUUGUGUUUGUAUGUUACUAGUAUUUAGUAGAUAAUAAUAGGUCCAAUAUUUUUUGUAUGUGGCUAAAUUUUUUAUCCAAUUGGAUCUUAUAUGCAUG